AUGAGCGGAGAUCAAAAAUUUUCUGAAGUAGAUAAUCAUUUAAAAGAAGCUCAAUCAUCAGGAAUCGCAAACACAUGGCUGACAAUAUCAUCAAUGGUAUCAGUUAAAAAUCAGUCAGCAGCAAUAAUCAAUAAAGAAAUCUCAGAAGAAGAUAAAAUGCGUUUACCAUUAAAAAUUUUUGAUGGGAAAAAGGCAUCAAUUAGUGAUUUAACUCACGCAUCAAGUUCGUAUUUAUGGUUGAGAAGAAUCAAGGAAAUAUUUUUAAUGUUCGGAACAAAUGCUGAAGAUGAUCCCCUUAUCAUACAUGAUACGAUUUAUGCUCGAAACGAAAUGAUGGAAACAACUGAAAUAUUUUUAGAAAAUACUAGACCAAAGCGACGAACAGAAGAUCAGGCAGCCAUCAUGGACUCAGAGACAAAUCGUCCAAUGCAUUAUUCGAACAGUAUCUGGUGGUAUUCAUGGAAUGAGGCAUUUAUUUAUCGGCAAAUCAAUAAUAUUUUACGUAUGGAAAAUUUCGAAUUGUUAAUGUCCUAUCGCUAUUUCAUUAGUGACCUAUGUCAAAUGAUUAAACAAAAUUAUGAUGAACAAUACGAACGACGUCCAUCAAUAGUAUUUCGAGCAGAAUGGAUUGAUCAAUGUCAAUUUGAUAAUUUAAAAAAGGCAUCAACCGAAAAAGGACAUUUAAUAUCCAUGAAUGGAUUUAUAUCAACAACUACGGAUAGAUCAAUAUCUACUUUAUAUGCUAAUAAACAAUGUUCAAGGCCAAAUGUUGUAUCAGUUGUGUAUGAAAUUACCAUUGAUCCAUCUCGAUCAUGUACAGAAUUUGCUUGCAUUGAAGAUAUUUCUUAUCAUCCAGAAGAAAAAGAAGUUCUAUUUAGUAUUGGUGCAGUUUUUUCAAUCGAUUCUAUAUGUGAUCCUGUCGAACCGAAUCAUUUCUAUACAGUUCAAUUAACAGCUUGCGAAUACAAUGAAUCAGUAAUUGAUGAUAUGAAAUUAAAACUACGAAAAUAUACACAAGCAGAACUAUAUAUAUUAUUAACUAAAUAUUUAAUUGAACUUGAGCAAUAUCGUACAGUUAGAAAAUCAUUAAUUAAUUUAUUAGAUAAUUCAAAUGUUCUCGUUAAAGACGACUCAUCAUUAGCAGCAGCAUAUAAUUGUAUGGGUGAAAUAUAUUCACGACAAAAAUUGUUUGGCGAUGCAAUGCUAUAUUAUAAACAAGCAUUAAAAUAUCAAGUACGACUUGAUUCAUCGAACAACAAUGCUCUAGCAGAAUGCUACAAUAAUAUUGGUUCAGUUUUAUUAGAACAAAAAUAUUUUUAUGAAGCCUUAGAAAAUUUAGAAACAGCACUUCGAAUUCAAAAUCGUGAGCCAAUUGAUAAAAAACAUUUAAUAGAUAUUUAUACAAAUUUGGGACGUGUUUAUGCAUCGAUAGAAAAUUAUGAGGAAGCAGAAAAAUGUUUCGAUAAAACAGAACAAUUCAUCAAACAAGCUAAAAAAGAAAUUGCAUAUGAUGCUCUUGAAAAACGCUUGAUAGAAGCGCAUACUAUAUUUCACACAAUUUUAUUUAAAGAACAACGCGACAAGAAAAUAAAGCCUUAUGAUUAUUUGAGAAAGUACUACUUAUAUGCUGAUGGUUAUAACAAUGCAAGCAAAAUUUAUGAAAAUAUUUUGCCACUCACACAUUCGAAAUUAAUAAAAAUAAUGA